AUGCCUACCCUCAAGUCCAUUGUACUUACCGUGCUGGCAGCCUCCGCUACUGUCGCCGCCGCCGCUCUUCUAUCUCCUCAGCAGACAGUACCUACAGACGCUUCUGACGCUGCGCCAUUGUCGCACCUGGAAGUGCAAUGCGGGUGCUGGAACCUGUGCACGCUGCAAACUCUCGGCGACGCCUCGAUCACGGGCUGCGACUCCGCCUGUGAUCCACACUUCCUCUGCGAGACUAUCGACGCGCUGAUCAGCGGCCCGACCAUCAUCGCCGCAGCAACUGCUUCGGCUUCGACUCCAGCGAUUUCCAGACGGGGAGGUUCUCUCGGCGGCACACCACCGCCAUUCAAUCCCUUCGACUCCCGCUCAACUCCUGGUUCCACGGUACCCGACGAGCCUCCUUGUCCCGGGGUUGCGCUCAAGGCCAAGCGCGCGCGCGAGCGUCCCCUCAAUCCGUGGCUGGACUGUCGACCGCGCUAG